AGUUUUAAGUUUCAUCCAAUGAAGAACCUAAAGGAGGAGCCAGGAGGCGGGUCAGUGACGUAAUACAGAUUGAUUGGCAUUCAGACCAUCGACGACCUGGAUUAGCCACGAAUUUCGCCAAUCCAAAACCAGGGGUGGGACGGUGCAGGCGCAGAGUAUUGGGUUUGGCUGGCUUCGAUUUAAAGAGACAGAAGCUGUCGGGGUUCUAGAAGACGGUCCCAAAUACCCUCCCCCCAAGUCUUUGGGACCACUUGGGUCCCCAGAGCUGGGGAGAUGGUUUGCGGCGGAUUUGCCUGCUCCAAGAAUGCGCUUUGCGCUCUCAACGUGGUCUAUAUGCUGGUGGGCUUGUUGCUCAUUGGAGUGGCUGCCUGGGGUAAGGGCCUGGGUCUGGUGUCCAGCAUCCACAUCAUUGGAGGAGUCAUUGCUGUGGGCGUCUUCCUUCUCCUUAUCGCGGUGGCUGGACUGGUGGGUGCUGUCAACCACCACCAAGUCCUGCUAUUCUUUUACAUGAUCAUCCUUGGUUUGGUCUUCAUCUUCCAGUUUGGAAUCUCUUGCUCAUGUCUGGCUAUUAACCGAAGCAAACAGACAGAUGUCAUCAAUGCUUCUUGGUGGGUCAUGAGUAACAAGACUCGGGAUGAACUGGAAAGAAGUUUUGAUUGUUGUGGCUUAUUCAACUUCACAACCCUCUAUCAACAAGAUUAUGAUUUCUGCACUGCAAUCUGCAAGAGCCAGAGCCCCACAUGCCAGAUGUGUGGAGAAAAGUUUCUUAAGCAUUCAGAUGAAGCGCUGAAAAUCCUGGGGGGUGUUGGACUCUUCUUUAGCUUUACAGAGAUCCUUGGUGUUUGGCUAGCAAUGAGAUUUCGGAAUCAGAAGGAUCCUAGAGCCAACCCCAGUGCCUUCCUAUGAGAUUCUGGAUCCUUUUGACUUCUCUCGUGUUCUGCCUAAGCUUUUUCUUCCUCCCUUAGGGAAAACCUAGGGUCUAUAGCCCUUUUUUGUCUGAGAAAAAGGAAGGGCCCUUUGCCACAUCCCCUAAAACUGACUGAAUAGUGAGACUUUAUGCCUUGACAUAUUUUGGUGGGAGGAAGAUUACAAGGAAUAGAAGAAAAACUUCCUCCCUCUCUCUUCAAGGGAAUAUGGGAAGUUUCUGGGAGUACAUGGGAUGGGGCUGGAGUCAUUCCUGUUUCUCCUCUUCCCCCUUCCACAUGCUGGAACACCUCAACAUGCCCUGGUCUGGCUCCAAGGGCAAAUUGGAGAUAGAGCCAAGGAGAAAAAUCACCAAGAACUCUUUCUUGUAAUAAGCAAGACCCAGUUUGAGAAAGUUCAGUGAAUAUAAAAAUAAAAACCAUUUUAACCCCAUA